AUGGCUGGCACACUUUCUGUAACGCGUCAAUACCCACAUUUCAGUUUUGACAUGAAUUUCAAGGUGACAAUGUUUCUCGAAAAGAUCUCUCCCUCAAGGAAAAAAAAUAGCGAUUUUAGACAAAGUGAAAUCACUACCUCCAGGCACUUCACAACGUAAAAUUGCUGAAAUAUUAUGCGUUCCGAAAUCAACGGUGGUGAAACUGCUCAAAGAAGAAGGUGUACAACCUGAGUUGACUGAGUUGAAUGAACAAUUUUUACUUAUUCAAAACCAUAACGAGUUUGAAAACAUUGAUGAAAAUACUCCUUGUUUUGAUAAUAAUGAAGACAUCUGUGAUGUUGUAAUACAAAAUUUUCUUUAAAAAAAGGAAGUUGGAAGAUGAAGAAGAAGAAGAAGAUACCAAACUACCAGUUAUAGCUAGAGAGGCUAAAAAUUGCAUUGAUUUGUUGCAGAAGUUCUUCAUGUAAGAGGGAAAUGAAAAUAGUCCAUCUAAUAAGCUUGAAGCGUGUGCCCAUUUUGCCAACCAGAUCCACACUAAACAGCUAAGACAACGAACAAUUACAACGAUUUGUAUACUUUUCACAUCUAAAUAUUAAUUUUAUUUAAUAUAUUAUAUUUAGUUUUAUUUAUAUAGUAAUUAUUUAACAUUUUUUUCAAUUCUAUGAUAAUAAAAAUAAAAACUUUUUUUAUUAUAAUUUUUUUUUUUUUAAACUAAUUUCGAUUUUUAUGGGCUACCGCUUAAUGUGGGCAAACAGGGCAAAAUGUGCCCACAUUAAGCGGAAUCCAUUGUAUUUACCUGUACGCAACAAUUAACCAUUGCUAGUGAAAAACGAUUCUGAGCAGAGUUUGGAUAAGAAUUGUGCUUUGUUACCAAUAUAUAUAUAUUUCAUAUUAUGGUAAAAUAAUUACAUAUACAUUAUAUAUUUUUUUUAAUAAUAUUUGUUUUAUAUUGAACCUAUUUCCUUGUUUUUCCUGGUUAUUCAGAUUUAUUAUGAUAACAGCUGUGAAAAUGAAAAAACGACCUCUUGGUGUUACACUUGAUACUUUGGAGCAAGAUUUCUGGUAGAAUUUGUGUACACAGUAUAAAAAAAUAAAAUAUCAUUGUAAAACCAAUACAUUCCUCGCUUCGUUUAGAAUCUAUAAUUAAAAUAUACUCUUAAAGUUCUAAAAACAAACAUUUAUUUCAUAUAGCAAUUAGAUUUCGAACUUAUACAAAUCUGUAAUAAAUUAACUACCCGUACCCAGUACUGUAAUAUAUCUAGAUAUUUUUUUAAAUUUUAUAUCUCUAUCUAGAUACUUUCUAAAAAUAUGUACCAGUAUCUGUACCUUAGAUAUUAAAUAUUGUACAUCUUAACAAAAGUAUCUAAGAUACAUUUUAAGAUACAAAUCUUACUUUUUUGGUUAAACAAAAUACAAAAAUAAAACGUAAAAUUCUAAAAUCUAAUUUUAUUUAAAUGAAAAUAUCAACAAUUUAUUGUUCAAUGUAUAAUUUUCUGAUUUCUUUACUAUUAUAAAUUAUUAUGUAUAAGUGUAUGACUAUUGUGUAUUGAUAAGUGGAUAACAUCCAUUAUUUAUUUUUUAUUUACCUAUAAUUAACCAAUAUAUUUUAAUAUUGUUAUAUAUUAUGUAUUAUAACAUUGUAAGAAUAAAAUUAUAUUUGAAAUCUGAUAUAAAAAAGAUCGUAUUAUAAAUUAUGUUAUUAAUUUAAUUUAUGUUGUAAUUUUGAAAUUCUAUAUUUUUAAUGAAUUAAAUAUUUAUGAAAUAAAAUUAUCUAUUUUCUUAAAUGUAUCUUAUGAUACUCUUAAGAUGCUUGUAUCUUUAUCAGCAGGUCUAUUAUACAUUAUACACCUAUAUUUUACAGUGUAAAUUAUUUAUACUUACCAUUUACCAGUAGGUAGGUACGAGUUGAGUAACGAAAAUGUACAAAACACCGGCGGCAAUGGACUUUUAUUGGGCUUUCGGAGUAAUUCAACAUUCCGCGAUCAAUAUACGUACACGAGAAUAUUCGACACGAUAUUUUUAAAUCACCGGAAAAAUAUUAACAGGAAAAGACCGUAACACGUAAAGGGUGUACUUAAAUGGUAUUUAUUUAAUUUAUUUUUUCCUAAUAAACUGCGCAAUAGUGGAAUCAUGUUUUGUCACGACUGCGUGUCAUAGUCACCCGUAUUAUUAUUAUAAUACCACCAUACCUACUUGGUUCGCGUAGGUUAUAAUAAUGUUAAAAUAUUCAUAAACCGCCUAUACGACUACGAGAUACCUAAUUUUCCAAAACACGGGCGGCGACGACACCAAAAUAUUAAAAUAAAUUAUUAUAUACUUUAUAAUUUAUAUUAUAUUAUUAUUACACGCCAUCUAUGGAUUCAAACGUUUAAGUGUUCGACGGCGCGGCGCAGUAAUCAGUGUGACGAGACGUCAUAUUUUUUGUUCUUCAGUAGUGUAUUCAACAUUUUUUUUUUUUGAAAGAAGAGGGGAAUUGAAAAAAAUAUAUUUACAAAAUGGGUGUAAUAUUAAAAAUACGAUUUUAGACAACGAAAAAAGUGUAUAGGUUCUUAUAAACGACUUUAUUUUGAACUAUAAUAACAGUAGGUGCAGUAUCAUUAUGGGAGGAUAUUAGAAUAUUUCCGCGGUACCUCUAUAUUUGUUGUAAAAGAUGAUAAUUAAUGGUUUGCGCCAGAUCAAUAGACGGUGUAAAAAUUUUGCCAAACAAUAAACUUGAGGAGUCCUAAAAUGGCUGCUUGGACGAGGUCUAUAUUUUUGGCUUCAAAAUAUUAUUUCACUAAACGAAAACAUAUACUGUUAUCAAAACAUUAAGUAACUUUAUUAGUUUAGUGUCUAAACAAUUUAAACAUAUUAUAGCAAUAUUAUUAUAAUUUAUUAUAAUCUAUUUUGUUUUAAUAUAAAGGCGUAUUUCUAAAAUGUAACAAAUCGCAAUGCAUUAAAUAUAAAAAAAAUAUAAUAAUUACCUAGGUUUUCAACAAUACAUUUAAUAGUGUAUAGACUUGUUUAAUAACUUUUGUGAUGAAAGUCAUUGAUAAGAUUUCGCUAGAAAAGACGGCAGAGUUUAAUGUUAAAUCCUUUUGCGUACGUUGAAACAUAAUCAAAAUUAGUUUUUUAUGUUCGUGAGACGUAUCAUACCAUGGCAUGUUGUAAAUAUGUUCUUUUAAACGUUUAUGCUAUAAAAAUAAAUUAAUCAUGAGGUAUUUGUUUCAGAAAAAUAUUUUUUAUGGUUUCAUCAUAUUAUUUUUAUUUAUAGAUUUUGAAUUAUCGAUAUUUAUUUAUUUGAAAUAGUUCGUUUGUGCGAAAAAUUCGUAUUAAAAUAACAAUGUUUAAAUACACAUAACAUUAUACAGUUGGAAACUAAUAAUUUGUCAGAAAAGAGAAACUUAAUUUUUAAAACAGCACCUUAUUUAUUGAUUUUGGUUAUAUCGCAGGACCUUAGCUACGGAAGGGGGGGGGGGUAAAAUCCUCUCUUUAACAAAGUAGAAAAAGUAAAAAAUGUCUAGUAUAUUCUAAAAUCCAAAAUGUUUAUUUUUUAAACCGUUUUUUUAACUGAAUAAAUACUUAACAUAUAGUAAAUAGUAAUAGAUACACAGUCACACACUCACACAGAAUUAUUCUUUGGUAAAUAUUUAAAUUUCAUCUACAUCAUGAUAUAAUGUAUUAUGUUUAAUCAUCGUCCAUCGACGGUCUAGACUAGAAAUUGAUUACUACUUCGGCCUGCUGCCAGUACACGUUUGUUUGAUGACACUAAUUCAACAGAUAUAAAAGACUUUGAAUCUCUAGUUUUUUUCUAUCUUCCUGAAGUUGAUACUGUCACAGCUAACUGUAAGCUACAAAUUUGGAAACCAAAAACUCAAAGGGCUAGUAAUUUACUAGUAAUUACAAGCAAUGAUGAAAUGUUGCCUUCUAAUGCAUUGGAUGCCAUCAGACGUUGUGACUCUAUCAUAUUCGCAAAUAUAUUUAUGUUGCUAAAAAUUUUGUGCAGUAUACCUGUUUCUACUACAACGUCAGAAAGAUCUUUUUCUGGCUUAAAACGAAUAAAGCCCAACCUCAAAAACAGUAUAAAAGAGGUAUGUAUACACAAUUAAUUUUGAUUUCAUUUUAUUUAUUGAAUUUGUUGUCAAACAGGAUCGUCUUAAUGGAUUGGUACUAUUAUUUUAUUACCGAAAUAUCAUCAUCACGCCCGAUGAAGUAUUGGAUGAAAUCACUAAGAAGCCGAGAAAAAUUGACUUAGUGUUGUCAUUAAAAUAUAACAUUUUACUCUCACAAUUACACAAUUUUGAUGUUUAA